AUGACUCUCCGGUUAGGGUUAUGCAUCCCAUUCCGCAAGCUUCUGCUGUUUCGUAUCAAAUUCAUCCGCCUAUUUCUUCAUCCACCUACAACCUCCAUCAAUCCACCCUUCUCUCAGCCGUUCAACAACUUCCAGCAACCACAAUCGUCAUCACCAUUUCCAAUCUUCACUCCCAACGAUUUCCGCACAACACCAUCAAUACAGCUUCCGCAAUUUCCAGCAACUCCUCCCUCUGUCCACGAAACAGCAGCAACUGCAUCAUCAAUGUUUUCGACAUUUUCGGUACUUUUUUGA